CUGGUACUCAAGAACUUCAUAGAGCUGAAUUUCUUUUCAUAGGACUUCAACGAUCUUUCAUUUCUCCUUUUUCUCUGACUUACCAGAAGACUUAUAUUAGUGGAUUCUCGCGCAUUCGGUGUUCCAAUGUUCAUCUUGACGAAGAUCGCCGACUUGGUGCAAAUUGCGCCGGAGGAUUUCUCGAAGCGCAGCAUAGACGCAAUCGAAGACAACAUCAAUGCCAAGUAUUCUAAUAAAGUUAUUCAAAAGAUUGGUCUUUGUAUCUGCUUGUACGAUCUGCAAUGGGCAUCAGAAGGUCUCAUUGGACAUGGCACAGGUCUUGUGAACGUGAACGCUGAGUUUCGCAUGGUUGUAUUCCGCCCCUUCAAGGGUGAAGUCAUGAUUGGCAGAAUACGAAGUUCUACGCCCGCAGGUAUCAAUCUGAGAACAGAUUUCUUCGAUGACAUUUUUGUGCCAUUUGAGGAGUUACCAGAGGGUGCCGAAUACAACCACAGCGAACAACUCUGGAUCUGGAAUCUCGAUGAGGAUCGACUCUUCUACGAUAACCAUGAAAUGGUUCGCUUUCAAGUAAUAGAUGAGGAGUGGCACGAUCAAGCUCCUGCUGGCCCAACACAAGCUGAAGAUUCACCUUUGAAGACUCCGUAUCGCAUCAAGGCCAGUAUGGCUGCCGAAGGACUUGGAGUAUGCCUCUGGUGGGAUGGAGCAUAGUGUUGGGUAAUGGACUGAAGAAUUAUAGAAGAACAAGGGCCCAGGAAAAU